AUGAACGGAGUCCUCGCCGUUUUCCCCGAUGAAACCUUACAACUCCACACCACCCGGUCACCAGAAUUUAUCGGUCUUUGCGUGAAAACCACUCCCAUUUGCCAAGAAACCUCUCGUCUUUUGAAGAUCUCCAAAAAUGGGUCGGAAUCUGUGAUUGGUAUCUUAGACACUGGUAUUUGGCCUGAACACCCAAGCUUUCAAGACCAAGGACUCGACCCUAUUCCUUCACAUUUCAAAGGCCAUUGCCAAGAUGGCCAAGACUUCAAUAAAUCCCAUUGUAAUAGAAAAUUAAUAGGAGCUAAGUAUUUUUCAGGUGGUUAUGAAACAAUGGUGAAGAAUCUUGGAGGUGAAAUUUUAUCGGCAAGAGAUUAUGAUGGUCAUGGAACACACGUGGCUUCAAUUGCUGCCGGAAGAUCAGUCUCCGGUGCCGGAUUUUAUGGGUUUGCCGGUGUGGUUUCCGGCGGUGUGGCGCCGGAAUCUCGGAUAUCAGUCUAUAAGGUUUGUUGGUUUAAUGGAUGCUUGUUAUCGGAUAUUGUAAAAGCAUUUGACGAAGCGGUUAAAGAUGGGGUUAAUGUAAUCUCUAUGUCUUUGGGGUCUUUAAAAUUGCCUUUCUACAUGGACUUGAUUGCCAUUUCAGCUUUUAGGGCAUCAGAAAAGGGUAUUUCAGUCAUUGCUUCAGCCGGAAAUGAGGGUCCCGAGAAGGGCAGUGUCAGUUAUUUGGCUCCUUGGAUCACGACCGUCGGUGCGGGAACUAUCGAUCGAGAUUUUCCGGCUAGUGUAAAAUUAGGAAAUGGGAAAAUAAUUAAGGGGCAAUCACUGACCCCUCAAUCUGAGAUGCCCCGAAAGAAUCGACGGCUCUUAUUCUUCGGAAAAAUAACCUCACACUCCCACCAGAUCUUUAGAAACUCUUCUUCCUUGAAGGGUAGUAUUGUCAUUUGCUAUACCGGAAAAGGAGUCUCGCGGUCAACGGUUGGGAUGUGGCUAAAAUCUAAAGGUGCCGUUGCGAUGAUCAUCUCUCAUGAACAGUUUGAUCCCUUGGGUCUAAUUGCGGAGCCACACGUACUACCUACCAUAACGAUCCCAAUCUCAGCCAUACAUUCUCUAAAAUCUUAUCUCUCAUCAAGUCUUAAUCCAACGGCCACGAUUUUCUCAAAAGGGACGGCACUUUGUGUGCGACCAGCACCCAUACUGGCUUCUUUCUCAUGUCGUGGACCCAAUCAAGUUGAACCCACAGUUCUAAAACCAGACUUAAUGGCUCCAGGUGUCAACAUACUGGGCUCGUGGACUCCACAUGUUGGCCCAACUAAUCUUGUGUCUGACACCCGUGUCAUAGGUUUUAACAUACAAACCGGUACAUCAAUGGCGUGUCCACAUGUAUCAGGUGCGGUGUCCCUCUUGAAAGCUGCUCACCCGAGCUGGAGCCCAGGGACCAUAAAAUCUGCUCUCAUGACUACAGCGAGGGUCGCUGGAAAUCUCGCUGGGAAACUGAUUUCCGACGAGAGUUCCGGCCAAAAUUCUGGGCCUUUAGGCAUUGGCUCUGGAUUCUUACAGCCUGAAAAAGCCUUAGACCCAGGUCUGGUGUAUGAUUUAGAGCAUGAAGACUACACAGUGUUCCUAUGUGGCUUGAAUUAUAGUCCAAAGCAGAUAAGACUCGUGGUUGGAAAAUGGGUGGAUUGUGGUGUUGGAUCAAGGGAAAAAGAUUACCUGCUAACGAAAUUGAAUUAUCCGGCGGUUGUGAUGGUUAUGGGACUGAACCAAGAGUGGGUUGGGGUUAGGCGGCGGGUUCGAAAUGUAGGUUCAAGUGGUUGCAAGUAUAGGGCUCGAGUUGUGGGUCUAAGUGGGUUUGAUGUGGAGAUUCGACCCAAGAGACUUAGGUUUAGGAGGUUUGGCGAGAGGCUCGAGUAUGAGGUGGGAGUGAAGAGGGUGAAAGAUGAGAGGGGUAAUUUAAGGAAUUUUUCAGUUGGCUGGUUUAAGUGGGAAGAGGAAGGGGGCCAGCACAUUGUGAGGAGCCCUGUCCUUGUUUUGGAGGAUGAUUUCGUCAGAGGCAUUCUUCACAAACUUUGA